UUGUCUGCACGUUACUCUCUCACCCGUCCCUUUCUCUCUCUAAAACCAUCACUCUCUCUCUCUCUCUCAUCAGCAAAUCCAGCCCUGAGCUGAGAAACCCACUAACCCUAAACUCUCCCUCCUCAAUUUACUCAACCCCCCCUCCAAAACCUCCCAUGCUAUGACCACCCGUCACCGCCACCCCUCGUCGGCCCAGCACCGGCCCGACCCCGGCGGCGACGAGGAGCCCUACAACAUUAUUCCCAUCCACAACCUCCUCGCUGACCACCCCUCCCUCCGCUUCCCCGAGGUCCGCGCCGCCGCCGCCGCCCUCCGCUCCGUCGGCGACCUCCGCAAGCCUCCCUACGCCCCAUGGAAGCCCCACUACGACCUCCUCGAUUGGCUCGCCCUCUUCUUCGGCUUCCAGGCCGACAGCGUCCGCAACCAGCGCGAGCACCUCGUCCUCCACCUCGCCAACCUCCAGAUGCGCCUCACCCCUCCCCCCGACAACAUCGACUCCCUCGAACCCGCCGUCCUUCGCCGCUUCCGCAAGAAGCUCCUCAGAAACUACACCGACUGGUGCUCGUACCUGGGCAAGAAAUCCAACGUUUGGAUCUCCGACCGCCGCCAAUCAACCUCAGAUCCCCGACGCGAGCUCCUCUAUGUGUCCCUCUACCUCCUCAUCUGGGGCGAGGCCGCCAACUUGCGAUUCAUUCCCGAGUGCAUCUGCUACAUUUUCCACAACAUGGCGAUGGAAUUGAACAAGAUCCUAGAGGACUAUAUAGAUGAGAACACAGGGCAGCCUGUCCUGCCCUCGAUAUCGGGUGAGAACGCAUUCCUCAACCACGUCGUCAGGCCCAUCUACAACACCGUUAGGGCGGAGGUCGAGGGGAGCAAGAACGGGACUGCCCCGCACAGCGCAUGGCGGAAUUACGAUGACCUUAACGAGUAUUUCUGGAGCAGGAGGUGCUUUGAGAAUCUGAAGUGGCCCCUCGAGCUGGGUAGCAACUUCUUUGUGACGAGCGGGAGGGGGAAGAAGGUUGGCAAGACGGGUUUUGUAGAGCAGAGAUCGUUCUGGAACUUGUUCCGGAGCUUCGACCGCUUGUGGGUUAUGUUGAUCUUGUUUCUGCAGGCGGCUAUCAUCAUUGCGUGGGAGGGGGAUGAGUACCCAUGGCAGGCAUUGAAGAGCAGGGAUGUCCAAGUUCGGGUAUUGACUGUUUUCUUUACUUGGAGUGGCAUGCGGUUUGUCCAGUCUUUGCUGGACAUAGGAAUGCAGUACAGUUUGGUGUCGAGGGAGACUAAGCGGCUGGGACUGAGGAUGGUGAUGAAGAGUGUAGUUGCAGCUGCCUGGAUAUUGGUUUUUGGGGUGUUUUAUGGGCGGAUUUGGUCGCGGAAGAACGCGGAUCGGAGGUGGUCGGGAGCAGCAAACACUCGGAUCGUGAACUUUCUUGAAGUUGCGUUAGUUUUCGUCAUCCCGGAGCUGUUGGCACUAGCACUGUUUAUCAUCCCUUGGAUUCAGAACUUCCUCGAGGAGACAAACUGGAGGAUCUUCCACUUGCUAACUUGGUGGUUCCAGAGCCGAACUUUUGUCGGUCGGGGGCUGAGGGAAGGCCUGGUAGAUAAUGUGAAGUAUAGUCUGUUCUGGAUCGCGGUGCUUGCCACUAAGUUUGCCUUCAGUUACUUCCUGCAAAUUAAGCCCAUGGUUAAACCCACUAAGCUGUUGUUGAAUAUGGAUAACGUGAAGUACGAGUGGCAUGAGUUCUUCGAUAACAGCAACAGGCUUGCAGUUGGGCUUCUUUGGGCUCCUGUGGUACUCAUUUACAUCAUGGACUUGCAGAUCUGGUAUUCAAUCUAUUCAUCCUUCGUGGGAGCGGCAGUCGGGCUGUUGAAUCACUUGGGUGAGAUCCGAAACCUCGAGCAGCUGAGGUUGAGGUUCCAGUUCUUUGCGAGUGCGAUUCAGUUUAAUCUGAUGCCCGAGGAGCAGCUCCUGAGUGCCCGGGGUUCAUUGAGGACCAAGUUCAAUGAUGCCAUUCACCGGCUGAAGCUGAGGUAUGGGCUCGGAAGGCCGUACAAGAAGCUCGAGUCCAAUCAGAUUGAGGCUCACAAGUUUGCUUUGAUAUGGAAUGAGAUAAUCACAAUCUUCAGAGAGGAGGAUAUCAUUUCUGAUAGAGAGGUUGAGCUUUUGGAGCUGGCUCCUAAUACCUGGAAUGUUCGGGUGAUCCGCUGGCCCUGUUUUCUUCUGUGCAAUGAGCUGCUUCUUGCCCUGAGCCAAGCUAAGGAAUUGGUGGACGCCCCUGAUAGAUGGCUCUGGUACAAGAUUUGUAAGAACGAAUACCGUCGAUGUGCUGUGAUCGAAGCUUAUGAUAGCAUAAAGCACUUGCUGCGCCAGAUCAUCAAGGUGAAUUCGGAAGAACAUUCUAUUGUCACGGUUCUGUUUCAGGAAAUUGACAAUGCUAUGCAGAUCGAGAAGUUCACCAAGUCAUUCAAGAUGACCGCCCUGCCUUGGCUUCACGAGAAGUUGAUUAAGCUUGUUCAGAUACUGGCCAGGCCUAAGAAAGAUGUAGGACAGGUGGUGAAUACCCUACAGGCUCUCUAUGAGAUUGCUAUCCGGGAUUUCCUAAAGGAGAAGAAGAGUGCUGAGCAGCUGAAGGAGGACGGGUUGGCCCCACGCAAUCCCUCUUCUAAUGCUGGAUUGCUGUUUGAGAAUGCAGUCGUGUUACCUGAUUCCAAUGAUGAGAAGUUCUAUAGGCAGGUCCGGAGAUUGCUCAGAAUUCUUAUUUCUCGUGAUUCGAUGCACAAUGUCCCGGUGAACCUCGAAGCAAGGAGGCGCAUUGCCUUCUUUAGUAAUUCUCUGUUCAUGAACAUGCCCCAUGCGCCUCAGGUAGAGAAAAUGAUGGCAUUCAGUGUUUUGACUCCGUACUACAAUGAGGAAGUUUGUUACAGCAAAGAACAACUGAGGACGGAGAAUGAAGAUGGCAUCUCUAUUUUGUACUACCUUCAGACGAUUUAUGACGAUGAGUGGAAGAAUUUCAUGGAGAGGAUGCGUCGAGAGGGAGUGGUGAAGGAUGACGAGAUUUGGACAGAGAAGCUGAGGGAUCUCAGGCUGUGGGCCUCAUGCAGAGGCCAGACUUUGGGUCGGACUGUGAGGGGAAUGAUGUACUACUAUCGGGCCUUGAAUAUGCUGGCAUUUCUUGAUUCUGCGUCUGAAAUGGACAUCAGGGAAGGAGCAAGAGAACUGGGCUCAAUGAGGAGAGACGGGAGUGUGGUGGAUGGUCUUAAUUCUGAAAAUUCUCUUUCUUCGAAGAGUUUGAGCAGGAACGCUAGUUCAGUCAGCACUCUCUUUAAAGGCCACGAGUAUGGUACUGCCCUGAUGAAGUAUACCUAUGUUGUUGCCUGUCAGAUAUACGGGAACCAAAAGGCGAAAAAGGAUCCCCAUGCCGAGGAGAUCUUGUAUUUAAUGAAGAAUAAUGAAGCCAUGCGUGUAGCUUACGUUGAUGAAGUAACUACAGACAGGGAGGAGAAGGAGUACUACUCUGUUCUCGUGAAGUUUGACCAAGUAUUACAGAGGGAGGUGGAGAUUUACCGGGUCAAGUUGCCUGGUCCGCUGAAGCUUGGAGAGGGAAAGCCUGAGAACCAGAACCAUGCUCUAAUCUUCACCCGCGGAGACGCAGUUCAAACAAUCGACAUGAACCAGGACAACUACUUUGAAGAAGCACUCAAGAUGCGGAAUCUGCUGGAAGAGUAUCGUGCCUAUUAUGGUAUUCGCAAGCCCACUAUCCUGGGAGUCCGUGAACACAUAUUUACUGGAUCAGUUUCUUCAUUAGCAUGGUUCAUGUCUGCCCAGGAAACGAGCUUUGUCACCCUCGGGCAGCGGGUAUUGGCAAACCCUUUGAAGAUUCGAAUGCACUACGGUCAUCCUGAUGUGUUUGACCGGUUUUGGUUCCUGACCCGUGGUGGGAUCAGCAAAGCUUCCCGGGUUAUCAACAUCAGCGAGGAUAUUUUUGCUGGGUUUAAUUGCACGCUCCGAGGUGGAAAUGUUACUCAUCAUGAGUACAUUCAAGUGGGCAAGGGACGGGAUGUUGGAUUGAAUCAGAUCUCCAUGUUCGAAGCAAAGGUUGCCAGCGGGAACGGCGAGCAGGUCCUCAGCAGAGACGUGUACAGGCUUGGGCACAGGCUCGACUUCUUCCGUAUGCUGUCCUUCUUCUACACCACUGUCGGGUUUUUCUUUAACACGAUGAUGGUAAUCUUGACUGUGUAUGCAUUCCUGUGGGGCCGACUUUAUCUGGCUCUGAGUGGGAUUGAGGGUGCUGUAAGCAGUAGCAACAAUAACAAGGCACUAGGUGCGAUUCUGAGCCAGCAGUUCAUCAUUCAGCUUGGACUAUUCACUGCUCUUCCCAUGAUAGUUGAGAACUCCCUCGAGCACGGUUUCCUUCAAGCUGUGUGGGACUUCAUAACAAUGCAGCUCCAGCUUUCGUCUGUUUUCUACACGUUCUCGAUGGGAACUCGAACUCACUUCUUCGGCAGGACCGUUCUCCAUGGUGGGGCUAAGUACCGUGCAACAGGUCGUGGUUUCGUCGUGCAGCACAAGAGCUUCGCAGAGAACUACAGGCUCUAUGCUCGUAGCCAUUUCGUGAAGGCAAUUGAGCUCGGCCUCAUUCUCAUUGUUUAUGCAACCCACAGCCCUAUAGCUAAAAGCACUUUUGUCUACAUAGCCAUGACGAUAUUUAGUUGGUUUCUUGUGUUGUCAUUUAUAAUGGCUCCAUUUGUGUUCAAUCCUUCCGGGUUUGAUUGGCUUAAGACAGUAUAUGACUUUGAUGAUUUCAUGAACUGGAUUUGGUACCGGGGUGGCGUCUUUUCAAAAGCGGAGCAGAGCUGGGAGAGGUGGUGGUAUGAGGAGCAGGAUCAUUUGAGAACGACUGGUCUGUGGGGAAAGGUUGCGGAGAUAAUUUUGGAUCUUCGAUUCUUCUUCUUUCAGUACGGUAUUGUAUACCAGCUGAAUAUUGCUGGUGGAAGCACCAAUAUUGCUGUCUACUUGCUAUCAUGGAUUUACAUCUUUGUAGCUCUCGGACUCUACCUGAUCAUCUCAUAUGCUCGGGACAAGUAUGCGGCAAGGGAACACAUUUACUAUAGGAUGGUGCAGUUUCUUGUGAUAAUUCUUGCCAUCCUCGUGAUAAUCGCGCUGCUGGAGUUCACCUCAUUUGUGUUCGUGGACCUAUUCACCAGUCUCUUGGCGUUCAUUCCUACUGGGUGGGGUGCCAUAUUGAUUGCUCAAGUGUUUGGGCCGCUUUUGCAGAGGACUAAGCUCUGGGACCUUGUCGUCUCUGUGGCCCGGCUAUAUGAUAUCAUGUUUGGAGUCAUCGUGAUGAUCCCGGUGGCUUUCCUUUCUUGGAUGCCUGGAUUCCAGUCCAUGCAGACAAGAAUUCUAUUUAACGAUGCUUUCAGUCGGGGCCUGCGCAUAUUCCAGAUUGUUACCGGGAAAAAGCCUAAGAGUGAAGUAUGAUUUGAGCCGUGAAUAUCAUCACUGUUGUACAAUUACCAUGAAGAGGUUGCAUUUCCUGAUUGGUGACUGAAAGAGUGAGUUGAAGGAGGUUUUCAUUCGACACCGGUGCUUGCUAUUCUUUUGUUCGUUGCGGUUGCACCUUGGAGGGUAUUCUGUCUUUUGUCUCUGUUUAUAAAUCCAUCCAUUUCACUGAUGUAAUUAGUCUUUGGACAGAGUCUAUUCAUACAUAGUCCGAGAGCUUCCUUUUGAUAUUCCUUCUUCCUCUAUAUAUGUAAAACGCGUGCAUCUGAUUUAGCGUAGCUUCUCCAUAUCUCAGAUUUUGCUGUUUCUCUUGCCUUGAAAGAUACAAUAUAAGAUUUUGCCCGGACUUACCCGUAGCAGAUAGUAUUCUCAGCAUAGAUGUCAAUGGUACAGAUUCAUUCCUUA